AUGGGUGAGGGAGAUGCCGUGCCUGAGAAACCCGAGUCUGUUUCGAAUGGUAAUGUUGAGAAAGAUGGUGGGACAGACAAAGUGACUGAAGCACUGGUAGAUAAAAGUGUGGAGCAGCAAGUUGGAGUGAUUGAAAAGGAGGAAGAGAAUAAAGGAGAUGAAACGAAAGUUGAGUCUCAGGAUAUGGACGUGGAUAAAAAAGAAGUCUGUAAGAGCAAGGAAAGGGAUGAAAAUGCGGAAGAUGAGAAUACUGCAAAAGAAGAAGUAAAUGAAGAAGGAGAAAAGCAAGAAAAUCCAGAAGUAGAAACUAAGGAAACCAAGAGUGAGGAAAUGGAGGAAGAUCCAAAGGAGGAAACUGAGGAUACAACUGCAGAAGUAGAAAAGACAGAAAAGGAAAUAGAGGGAGAUGCAGAAUAUAAAGCAGAGAGUGCAACUGCGGAAGGAAAAGAGAAGGAAAAGGAAAUAGAAGGAGAUGCAGAGGAUAAAACUGAAAAUACAACUGAAGAAAUAGAGAAAAAGGAAAAUAUUAUUGAUCAAGUUAUAGAGGAUAAAACUGAGAAUGUAACUGCAGAAGCAGAAAAGAUGGAAAAUAAAGUGGAAGAAGCCACAGAGGGUAAACCUGAGAGUCCGACUGCAGAAGUAGAAAAGGAGGAACAGGAGCUGGAGAAAGGCACAGAUGAGAAAACUGAGAAUGAAGAAACAGAAAAGGAGGAUAAAGGGAGUGAGAAAAUGGAGGAAGACACGGAGGGGAAAACUGAGAGAGAAUCUGAAGAAGCAGAAAAGAAGGAAAAAACUAGUGAGAAAAUGGAGGAAGGCGUGGAGGGGAAAACUGAGAUAGAAUCUAAAGAAGCAGAAAAGAAGGAAAAAACUAGUGAGAAAAUGGAGGAAGAUGCGGAGGGGAAAACUGAGAUAGAAUCUGACGAAGCAGAAAAGAAGGAAAAAACUAGUGAGGAGAUGGAGGAAGACACAGAGGAGAAAACUGAGAAUGCAUCCGAAUUAGCAGAAAAGAAGGAAAAAACUAGUGAGGAAAUGAAGGAAGACACAGAGGAGAAAACUGAGAGUGCAUCCGAAUUAGCCGAAAAGAAGGAAAAAACUAUCGAGGAAAUGGAGGAAGACAAGGAGAAGAAAACUGAGAGUGCAUCUGAAGAAGCAGAAAAGAAGGGAAAAAAGAGUGAGGAUAAGGUUCAAGAGGAGGUUGAUGAAGUGAAACAGAAUGAUGAAAGUCCAAAGGAGGCCAUCAAAGAGAAAGGCACAAGAAAACGUCCAAGAACAAAGAGCGGAGGUGGAAAGAAAACCAUGAAGAAGGACCCUGAAGAUAAGGGGGAAGGGCAGAAAUCACCAAAAGAUAAAAAGGCUACAGAACCUAAAUCUUCAGUAGAUAAAGAGAAGGAAGAGCCAACAACUCCUGCGGCUUCCAGAAUUGAUCGCCCUGUACGUGAAAGGAAAUCUGUUGAAAGGUUGGUUGCCAUUAUUGAGCAGGACUCUUCUAAGGAGUUCCAUGUUGGAAAGGGUCGUGGAACUGCACUGAAAGAUAUCCCAAAUGUGGCAUACAAGUUGUCAAGAAAGAAGAGUGAUGAUACUCUCAAAUUGUUGCAUACUAUUCUCUUUGGAAGGAGAGGAAAGGCUGCUGAAAUUAAGAACAACAUAUCAAAAUUCUCUGGAUUUGUUUGGCGUGACAACGAGGAAAAGCACAUGAUGAAAGUCAAAGAGAAACUUGACAAGUGUAUCAAGGAGAAGCUACAGGAGUUCUGUGAUCUCUUUGAUAUACCAAUUUCCAAGGCUAAUUCAAGGAAGGAAGAUAUCAUCGCUAAGUUGGUAGAAUUUUUGGUGGAACCUCAUGCCACUACUUCUGAAUUACUUGCUGACAAGGAGCAGUCAAGUAAGGGCAAAAAGAGAAAGAGGGUUAGCAAAUCAGGAUCUGGGACGGGGAGUAGUACACCAUCAAAAGGAUCAUCUAAGAGUCGAAAGGUAACUGGGGGUGGUUCUACAAAAAUUGGGGGCCCAAAAAGCACGCCUCCUGACUCUGAAGAUGAAUCAGGAGAAGAGAAGGAGGAAGCCCAUGAGGAGGACGAUGCACAUAGUAUUGGAGAAAGAUCAGAUGAUGAAAUGUCUGAACAAGCUGAAGCUGGGGAAAGUGAAUCUGAAGGCAGAUCUGAUGAGGACAGGGGAAAGAAGCUACUUUCAGAAAAGUCCUCUGGAAAGAAGGAAUCUGAUGGCAAAGCCAAAACCAAGAAAGAAACAAUCUCUAAAAAGGCAAGCCCUCCGCCCAAAAGAACACCUGCCAAAUCACCACCGAGCCGAUCAGAAAAGAAGAAAGAUACAAGUGGAAAAAAGUCAUCUGGUAAGAAGAAAGAUGAAUCGGUCAAUAAGUCACCAAGGCGAUUAGAAAAGCCUAAUGACACAAGUGCGAAAAAAUCUUCUGGUAAGAAGAAAGAUGAAUCAUUGGACAAGUCACCAACUGGGAAGAAGACAGGUUCAAAGGAGAGCACUGGGAGUAAAAUUCUUAAAGUGAAAGAUAAACUCAAGGAGCGGAAAUCAGAGCCAACCGAUGCUGAACUUACUAGUGCGAUUUGUGAGAUCCUUAAAGAGGUCGAUUUCAAUACGGCUACCUUCACAGACAUUUUGAAGCAACUCUCCAACCAAUUCAAAGCAGAUCUGACGUCGAGAAAACAAGCAAUAAAGCUCAUGAUUCAGAAAGAGCUAACAAAACUAGCCGAGGCUGAUGAGGACGAUGACGAGGAUGCUGAUGAAGGUGAUGAUGAUGCUGAUAAGAACAAAAAGAAGCCUUCGACCCAAGGUGUGAAGGCAUGAACAGCCUUUUUAUGGAAACAUGCUGCAUAGAGUUGUAGACUCGUGUACACUAUCAUUAUAUAUUCUCUUAAUUUACUGCCUUCUCAUAACUUAUAGUAGUGGUCCUUGCUAGCUUGUAGCAUUAGUCGAGCACUUAAGGCUAGCUGUGUAUUUUAAGUGUUGCAACUGCUGCUGACUUUGGUUUCAAGUGUUGACAUGAUUGUACUGUUUACAUAUUUCCUUUGUAGUUUGGGGAACUAUAUAACGUGGAAUGGAAAUGUUUGGAAUAAUUUGUGGGCACUUCUUGUAUUUGAAUUUUGAGGAAUGCAAACAUUUAGGGCAUCAAUGUUGUAGCAAACUAGUUUAAACUAUCAAGGACAACAGUUUUUUGUAUCAUCUGAG